CGAACAGUUGUUUUAUCAACCACAGGGUGUUUUCUCGUCUGCUUCACAAUAGGGAUUACAAUCUACCUAAAAUUAAGAAUUAACACUUCUAAAGGAUCAUAUAUUUUGCAAGACAAAGGGAGUUAUUUCAACAGAACUGAUGAAAAUCGGCAUCAAAGUCAAAAUAAUAACAGCGCUACACAUGCUUUUAUACAAGAGAAUAGGUUUAAUUCAAUAAAACAGACAUCGAUAGAAUCAUCAGAGAACUGGAAUGCAAGGCAAAAUGAUCUCUCAAAUAAUAAGCUAGUUGGAAUUCAUAAUCAUGAAGCUUAUUUAUCAAAAAAGGGAAUCAAAGAGCAAAAAGAAUAUUCUAGGUCUUUAAUGGACCAUGACCACGAACCAUAUGAUAUAUUAUCUCUGAAGUGCAAUUCUAGCAAUAUUUCGAGAGGAAAUUCGUUUAAAGAACCCGUGUACAAAGAAGCGGCCCAUUCAAGCCAUUGCUCUGCCACAUCGGAACAUAUAUAUCGAAAAAGUUUUCUUUAUCCAGAACAAAUGUUGAAGAAAGAUGAAGAAAAAUUUCAAAUGCAUAAAAUUUUGGAGGAGAAUCCACUUUUAAGUACAGCUGAGACCAUGGAAUUUAAUCAAGGACAUUCGAACUUAACUGAAAAUACCAAAAGGCAAAGACGAAAAUAUAGGGAAUCAAAGAAACGAGAGCGAGAAGAAUACAUGUAUGGGUUCACAAUGAUGUUGGAAAAUUUCAAACCAAGGCAGGAAUCGGAUGGAAUUGGUGAAUUUGAUAGACCCUCAAAAGAUCAAAGAAAGUCUUCGAAAAAGAAUGAGAGGAAAGUCUUAAGAUACAGCUUCGCUCGCCCGUUAGAAAUGAAUUAGUUUCUCUAAAUUGCUAUCGUUUAAAUUAUUCCCUCGCAACUGAUUCGGAGGGGGUAUGGUAACUGUAAAACGCUUG